AUGGAGAUGCCGUGGAGAAAUGCAGUGGCGGACCUGUCGACCUUCCUGAGCACGAGGACGCGGAUUUUAUUUGCCGCUGUCUAUUUCAUCUGGAUCGCUGGAAGCGCCUGCGCUACUGAGACCCUCCAGGAACCGCGCUUCACCACUCAGCCUUCCAGUAGCGGCAAUAUUCUUAGCGAAAAUCGAACGAAAUUUCUGCAGUGUCAAGCGAGAGGAAAUCCUCAGCCAAAGUACAAGUGGUUCAAGGAUGGGGUGCCUCUCAGCAACGAGCUUACUUCGGAGCCUUAUUUUCGAAUACAAAGUACACGCAGAGAAGACGCAGGGGUGUACCACUGUGUCGCUACGAAUGAUGUAGGAUCUAUAUUUAGCGAAAGAAUUACAUUUGCGGUUGCCUAUAUGGGGGUGUUCGAGGACCUCACAGAGAGAAUAGUGAGCGUGAAAUCGGGCAGCGCGGCUGUUUUAACGCUGCCGCCGAUAGAAAGCCAUCCUGCACCUGACGUUACAUGGUUCACGUCCGACGGUUCGUUAUUAUACGGGAUAAAGUACGCGGCUGUUCAUCACACGUUGCUUAUCCUGAACGCGUCGGAGAGCGAUCAAGGCCUGUACAGGGCUCGAGCGAUUAACACGCAGUUGGGCAAGGAGGAGAACAGCCCGUUCUUCAAGCUGCAAGUCACCGGAGAUGCGAACGCUGAGGUUGCACCCGCUAUCAUCGUGAAACCGCAGGACACGCAGAUCAUCAAGGAUCAGGACGUCACUUAUAUUCAUUGCAUUGCCAAUGCUAGGUCGCUCCACGAGUUACGAACUUUAUGGACGAAAGAUGGAAUCCCCAUUGAGAACUCGAGGAUAUCGUACAGUUUUAACGACUCGUGGAAUAGAACUUUGGCGUUGAUCUCGGCAAACAUAACUUACACCGGUGUGUACUCUUGCCACGUGGAUUUAAGGAGCGGCGGAUAUCCCACGGUGAACGCUAGCGCGAAAGUGGUCGUACAUGAAAAGCCAACAUUCAUGACAGAAUUGAAACGAGAAACUCUUAGCGAUUAUGGAUCGACUGUGACAUUGCCAUGCGAUGCUGUUGGCGUUCCACCUCCUAAGAUCACUUGGUUCCGUGAUGCUGAGCCUGUUGAUCACCUCCUUGGAUCUAGAUACGCAAUGGAAGAGGACGGUUCCUUGACCAUUAAAAAGUUAACCAUGGGCGAUUCAGGGAUGUUCCAGUGCCUUGCUUCGAACGAAGCUGGCGAAGCGUCCAGUUACACCUGGCUGAAAGCGAAAAAAGGAUUAGAGAGCAGAGUGAAAAACAGAGUUGUCCGCUGGGCAGCUGGCUACAAUGUAGUCAGAGUUCGCCAAUCUGAUCGCCGUUUUAAGUUCUCUCAAUAUCCAGACACGUCUGGACCGAUCAUGGAAAACGGUCCACAAAAUCUGACAAUAUUAGAUGGAAAAGAUGCAACGAUAACGUGUAAUGCUGUAGCAGCACCGAUACCUAACACUACAUGGAUUUAUAACGAUACGAUUCCCGUGGAAAUUGCCGGAAGAGUACAAGUUUUAGAUAACGGGGAUCUUUUAAUCGCUGCCGUAAAGCCAAACGACGCCGGAAAAUAUACCUGUGUAAGAGCUAACGAGGCUGGUUCGGUAAAUGGCUCGGGUUAUCUUACGGUUUUAGUUCGUACGCAAAUUGUUCAACCACCUGUUGAUACAUCCGUUCUUCUUGGCUAUACUGCUGAAUUACAGUGUAAAGUAUCCAACGACCCAAGCGUUCUGUUUGAUAUAGCUUGGUUCCACAAUACACAAGUGAUAAAUACUCAGGCCAGUCAGAGAGUAAAAAUGCGCAACGAUGGUACAUUGGAAAUAGCCGCCGUUCGUGCUUCUGAUGUAGGUGAAUACAUGUGUUCCGUAGUUUCUCCAGGAGGCAACGAGACUCGCUCUGCUCGGCUCAGUGUAAUCGAAUUGCCAUUUGCACCGAUAAAUGUACUGGCCAGUCGAGUCGAACGAAUUUCUCCUCGCACUAUAAACGUCACUUGGGUACCAGGUUUCGAUGGUAAUAGUCCAACGAAAAAAUUUAUCGUUCAAAGACGAGAAGUGUCCGAUCUCGGACCAAUACCUGACACUGCACUAAAUUGGAUCACCGAGUGCAAUAACGUUUCGGCAGAAAAUCGUUGGGUGUUAUUGAACAAUUUGAAAGCAGCUGCUACGUAUCAGUUUCGAGUGACCGCAGAAAAUAGCGUUGGCGAAGGACCUCCUUCAGAUCCUAGUAACGUGGUAAUUCUUCCUCAAGAGCCACCAAGCGGACCACCGGUAGGAUUCGUUGGUUCCGCUCGAUCAUCCUCAGAGAUAAUAACGCAAUGGCAGCUUCCAUUAGAAGAAUAUCGAAACGGCCAUAUUUUAGGAUACAUGUUAAGAUAUAGAUUGUACGGUUACAACGACAAUCCUUGGACAAUACAGAACAUUACGAAUGAAGCACAAAAGAAUUAUCUUAUUACCGACUUAAUCACGUGGAAGGACUAUAUCGUGCAAAUAGCAGCGUACAAUGACAAAGGUGUUGGAAUAUUCACAGACGGUUUGAAAAUUAAAACUAAGGAAGGAGUACCAGAAGCUCCGCCAACAAACGUAAAGGUGAAAGCCAUUAAUUCAACAUCGAUAAAGGUCUGGUGGAAACCUCCGAAUCCGCAAAAGAUUAAUGGAAUAAAUCAGGGUUAUAAACUACAAGCCUGGAUUGACCGCAACUUUACAGAAGCAAAUGAAUACAAGUCGAUGACCGUGCCACCUAGUUUAUUCGAUCCUCUUGCAGAACAAAGUGCCAUUAUGACCGGUUUGAAAAAAUACAUGUUGUACAACAUAACCGUGUUAUGCUUCACCGAUCCGGGUGACGGCGAGAAAAGUACUCCCGUUCAAAUUCGUACGCGCGAAGACGUACCUGAAGAAGUAGACAAUCUACAAUUCGAGAAUAUAAGCGAUCGCUCCCUUACCGUUAAGUGGGGUCCUCCGCAAGAGAUCAACGGAAUUCUUACUCUCUAUCAAUUAAAAUAUAUGAUUAAAGAUGUACCAGAUUCUCAACGAGUAGAAAACUUCACGGCAGACGUUCUCUCUGCUAAAAUCGAACACUUACAAGCAAUGACACAUUAUAGAUUUGAAGUUGUUGCAUGGACUUCAGUGGGUUCUGGAAAAGCAAGAGUAGCUGUUAUUCAAUCAGGCGUUGAGCCUGUUCUCCCUGAACCACCUACUAAAUUAGCACUGUCUAAUAUAGACGCGUUCUCCGUUGUUCUCCAAUUUACACCGGGUUUCGAUGGUAAUUCGUCUAUCACAAAGUGGACGGUGCAAGCACAAACCACUCGAAACACAACAUGGUACAACAUAUACGAAGUCUCAGAUCCUGAUGCUAGUACAAUCACCGUAGGUGGCCUAAUUCCAUUUAUGCAAUAUAAACUACGAUUAAUCGCUAACAACGUCGUCGGUGCUUCUGAACCUUCCGAACCAACGAAAGAGUUUCAAACAAUUCAAGCACCGCCGUCACAUCCUCCUAGGAAUGUUACGGUUCGUGCAAUGAGCGCCACAGAAUUGCGCGUUAGAUGGAUUCCAUUACAGCAGAUAGAAUGGUAUGGAAAUCCAAGGGGGUAUAAUGUUACUUAUACCGAAGUUCGGACGAACAAGUCAAAAAGUAUAACGAUAGAGGAUCAUACAGCAAAUUCCUAUAUUUUAGAAAAUACAGAAGAGUAUGCUCUUUACGAAGUUGUGAUGCAAGCACUUAAUGACGUCGGGUCAUCUACAUUAAGUCCCAAAGCUGUUGAAAGAACUCGCGAAUCAGUUCCUUCGAUGGGACCCGUUAAUGUGGAAGCUAAUGCAACAUCUUCCACGACUAUAUUAGUAAGAUGGGGUGAUGUCCCCAUAGAACAUCAAAAUGGACAAAUAGAAGGGUUCAAAGUUUAUUAUGGUGCAAAUGCUAGAUCAGCAUUCCAGUAUAAAAACAUUCCUAGCAAUACGACUUUUACAACAACUUUAACAGAACUUCGAAAAUUUGUUCAAUAUCACAUACAAGUUCUAGCUUAUACAAGACUUGGCGAUGGUACUCUAAGUACUCCGCCAGUUAGAGUACAAACCUUUGAAGAUGCACCUGGACCUCCAUCGAAUGUAUCAUUUCCUGAUGUAAGCUUUACCACUGCCCGUAUUAUUUGGGACACUCCAGAUGAUCCAAACGGAGAGAUUCUUGCCUAUAAAGUUAUGUUUCAUCUAAAUAACAGUCAAGAUCAUCAAUUUUCUAAAGAAUUUCCUGCGUCAGAUAGAACUUUUAGGGCAACUGGAUUAGAACCGGAAAAGUAUUACAUGUUCUCGGUAACGGCACAAACGAGGCUAGGUUGGGGUAAAACAGCGUAUGCUCUUGUUUUUACUACAAAUAACAGGGAACGCCCUCAGGCACCAUCGAUGCCACAAGUUAGCAGAUCACAAGUACAAAGUAGACAAAUAACGUUUACUUGGACACCUGGUCGUGACGGGUUUGCUCCAUUAAGAUAUUAUACAGUACAACAAUCAGAAAAUUCAGGACCAUUUCAAACUAUUCCCGAGAGGGUAGAACCAAUUUUAACAUCAUAUACAGCGAAUAAUUUGAAACCUUUCACACUUUAUCAAUUUCGAAUACAAGCAACUAAUGAUAUUGGUCCUUCAGCUUGGAGUACAGAAUCUGUCCAAGUUCAAACUUUACCAGCAGCACCAUCUCGAGGGGUUACUGGAUUAAAAGUUGUUCCAAUAACAACAUCUAGUAUAGAAGUUCAUUGGACCGCAAUAGAUGAAGUAUACUGGAGCGGAGAUCACGAAACAGGUGGUUAUCGUGUCGUUUAUCAACCAGUUUCUGAUUUUCCAACAGCUCUUCAAGAUACGCCGAAGGAAGAGAUUUUAGGAAUAAAGGCUACGAAAAUUGUUUUAAGCGAUUUAGCAGAGGAUAGGUAUUACGAAGUGAUAGUUCUGCCCUUCAAUUCUGAAGGAGAAGGUCCAUCAAGUCCUCCAGUAACUGUGUAUGUAGGAGAAGCAGUUCCUACAGGAGAACCACAAUAUCUAAAAGCAGAACCAAUUUCUUCUACCGAAGUUCAUUUGCGCUGGAAACCACCCCAAGCUAAUAUGCAAAAUGGAGAUUUAUUGGGAUAUAAAAUUUUCUAUUUAGUUACUGAUUCUCCUCAAGAAUUGGAGAACAAACAAGAGGAAGAAAUAGAAGUUGUACCAGCGUCAUACUUAACGCAUAGCUUAGUAUUCUUAGAUAAAUAUACAGAAUAUCGUAUUCAAGUAUUAGCAUUCAAUCCUGCUGGCGAUGGUCCGCGGACUCCGCCUAUCACUGUCAGAACUAAACAGGAUAUACCUGGACCACCGCAUAAUCUACAGUUUACAGAAAUUACAAUGACUAGUCUUCGUGUUUCUUGGGAAGCUCCAAAAUUACGAAAUGGAGAAAUAGUUGGUUACAUCGUUACUUAUGAAACAGCAGAGCAAAAUGAUCGUUUUAGUAAGCAAGUUAAACAAAAAGUAACAGAAACAAGCUUAUUGAUCCAACCUUUGGAAGAAGAAGAAACGUACACGUUUAUGGUCCGAGCGCAAACCAUAGAUUUUGGUCCACCUAUAUCCGGAAAUGUUACGACAGGUCCACAAGAAGGUUCGCCAAUGGCACCUAGCAAUCUUGCUGUUACCAAAACAGUAUCCAGUGUUGAAUUACAAUGGGCUAAUGGGGCUUCUGGGAAAGGACCUAUUCUAGGAUACUAUAUUGAAACACGCCGAAAAGCAAUGGAAGAGUGGCAGCAUUAUGACAGUCGGUGGCAAACUAUAGUACGUAGUAGCAAUGGACCAUUGACGGAAUAUUCUGUAUCUUAUCAAAAUUUACUUCCAUCCACGUCCUAUCUAUUCAGAGUAAUAUCAUACAAUCGUUACGGAAUCAGUUAUCCAGCAUAUUCUACAGAAACGAUUUUAACUCCAUCAAAGCUAUAUCUUGAAUAUGCAUAUUUACAACACAAACCAUUCUAUAGACAAACUUGGUUUAUGGUUACUUUAGCUGCUGCAUCCAUUAUAAUUAUUAUUAUGGUCAUAGCGGUGCUAUGCGUGAAAAGCAAAAGUUACAAAUAUAAACAAGAAGCACAAAAGACACUUGAAGAAUCUAUGGCAAUGGAUACAGAUGAUAGACAAGAAUCUGACUUAGAACUUUAUAGAUCGAGACAAGGAGGCGGUGGUGUUAUGAAUAUGGCUAAUGCUUGUGGCACUUUAGCUAAAAGAAACACUUUAGCAAGAAAAUCUAUGCAUCCUCCUCCUCCAACAAUGUUAGGUAAAUCGCCUCCUAGACCCUCGCCAGCUUCGGUUGCUUAUCAUAGCGACGAAGAAAGUCUUAAGGGGUACGACGAAAAUCCUGAUGAUAGUAGUGUUACAGAAAAACCUUCUGAAAUUAGUUCAACAGAUUCACAGGGAUCUGAAAGUGAGAAUGAAAGUGUACAAUCGGAUCCACAUUCCUUCGUAAAUCAUUACGCUAAUGUUAAUGAUUCUUUAAGACAGUCGUGGAAGCGUCAAAAACCAGUUAGAAAUUAUUCAUCGUACACUGAUUCUGAGCCUGAAGGUAGUGCUGUUGUCAGUUUAAAUGGCGGUCAAAUUAUUAUGAACAAUAUGGCAAGGUCGAGAGCACCGUUACCUGGUUUCUCGUCAUUCGUAUAAUUCGUUUUAUAAUAAAGAAUUAAAGCUUUUAUUAAGUAGAUAGGGUGCCGAUUUAGCAUAACGACACUUGUAAUCGUUAUGCGAUUAAGCUAAAAUAAAUUUAUGCUG